AUGAACAGUGGACUGCUCUUGCUACUGCUGUUGCACACAGCGCAAGCCAAGCCCUGCCCUCCCUGUUUGUGCCAGCCGCUGCAAGGAAAAUUGGGAUGGCGAAUAGACUGCACGUCUCUGGGGCUGAAGGAGCUGCCUCUCCUCUCAAUUGACAUCCUAAUACUUGAGCUGCAAAACAACAGUUUGACCACAGUCCCUCCUGGCACACUGGACAUCUUGAGAAAAGUGGAGAAAGUGGAUUUUUCCAACAAUCCUUGGAACUGCGACUGCUCCAUUUUAUAUUUCAAGAUGUGGCUGGAAGAUUUCCACGAAGCUUCUCUUGCCAACAUUACAUGUGCGGGUCCAGCUCCUGUGAAGAUGAGAGCCUUGAGCCAGCUGAGUGGGAAUGCCUUGGAAGGUUGCCGGAAGCCUGCCCCAAUCAACUGCCUUGAUUUCCUUUGGAGAGAUGUUCCACUCGUUGCUAUUGCCAUAUUGGUCUUAAUUUUAGCGGUCUGCAUUCUGCAUUACUCCAGAAAAUUAGCCCGCAGAGCUACUGAACAGCAGCAUUCCUCUGAAGGCCCACUGCUGCAGGCUCUCGACAUGGAAGAUCAGAAGUCAAAAUAA